AUGGGAAUCGUUGGAGCCUUAUCUUCAGAGGCUGUUGAAGCGGAGGCACAGAACAUGGAUGAACGUAUUGCAUCACCUUCUGCAUUGCAUCCAUCUCAACCUGAAACACACACUGGUGACCUUUUUGGAUAUGGUUCAGAUGCAGGACAGUUAGGUCUUGACGCGCAUGGACACAUGGAGGAGUCUACACAGGUUCCUGCAGGUGUCCAACAUCAACGUGAGGAUACGCCCAUGUCUAAGUCGGAUUUCAAUAGGGCUCUGUUCGAAGCACGUUUGAAUGCUGUAGGAGAUUCAGAGUUGAAGCUGCCGUGGGAGCAGGGAGUUUGGAAAACAAUUUUCUCGGACGAUGACAGUGAUGUUUUUCCUAAUGUGUUGCCGCCUGUUCCAGGUGAAUAUUUGGUUCAUCGUUCAUCUGCUGCGGCUGCAUCAGAUGAGGUGGAGCGGGCCACAGAGAAGACCGUGGCAGAGAGCUCAAUUAGUCAUGACUUGAAGCUACCAUUUUAUUCUUUUGCGGUCAAGGUUCUUCCAGAUCGAGAUGCAAUGGAAGAGAAUGACAAACUUUGGAAUCAAGCUUUGUAUAAAUGGCAGCAGGUCUUUGAAAUCUUGGAUUACCCUGGACAGCUUGGCAAGGCGCUUUUGCAGGAACAGGUAACAACUGACCCUGGAACCAUCAGUGUGGUGCUGAGAGAUUCACUUGGAAUCAAGUUCGUUCUUGACAUCCCCAUUCCAGACCAAUUGAUGAGUGAUCCUCAGCUGCGCGGUAGGGCCCAGCGUUUGAUGGCAGAGAAGGAGACCUACACGCCGGCAAGGCCCUUAAAGGUUUCAGAACUGGCAUUGCUGGAGAGAACAAUGCAGGAGCCUCUGGAUCCUAUUGACGCAUACAUGUUGGGGGCAAUAAUCUUUGCAAUUCUGUCCAGAUCAAGAUGGUCGGACUUGAAACACAUUCAUCAAAUCUGGAUUGAACGAACAGAAUAUGAGGGAGGACUUUACGGGUUUGUGGAAGCCCGUACAAAGUAUCACAAAACGGCUACGUCACUGGCGAAGAAACAGUUGUACAUGCCGUUGGUUGCACCGGUUUUGGGUGUCACCACCGUGGACUGGACAAAGCAUUGGGUACAGGCAUGUGAAAGCCUGGGUGUGAGCUUUGAAAAGGAACCUUUUGGAGCGCUUUGCCGUGCGGCCUCGCAUGGUGGUGUGCUGUGCAAAAGGUCUUGCACUACUGAGGAGGUUGGCAUUUUCUUGAACAAGAUUUUGAAAACCAACAAGGAGAAUGCAGUCACCUCGCACUCCUUGAAACACACAACACUGUCCUGGUGUGCAGCAUAUGGACUCGACGAGCCCUCAAGGACUCUUCUGGGACAUCACGAACUUCAAGGAGCGAAGGCAAUGACUGUGUAUUCAAGGGAUUUGUUGACCAGGCCGUUGCAACUUUUUUGUAGCAUGCUGGCCAAUAUAAGGCUGGAUCAUUUCAGGCCAGAUGAAUCACGUACGUCGCGCAUGGUGGAUCUCUUGAGAUUGUCAGCUGCGGAGAAGGAAGCUGGGGGGCACUUGCCACAGAAAUUUUUGGACUCCAGGUCAGCCGGAGUUGCGGUACCAGGCGACGAGGAAUAUGAGCCAACAUCACCGCUGGGUGCCCCACCAUCUUCAAAGAAUGAGGACGUAGUGGAUGAUGAGGCUUCCAGUGAGAUUCCGUCUACCGAUUCAAGCUCUUAUGAUAGUUCCUCGGGGCCAGAUGAAUCUGGAGCGGGCAUGCACAUAGAAGGACAUGUGAGGUUGCAAUUGUUUCAGCAGCAUCAGUCAGUAUCAUUUCGAGAGCGAUUUGAUGGAGCUUAA